AUGAGUAGAGCCCAAGAAAUACAAGAAAAACUGGAUUUACAGGCUAAACUCCAGUUAGCGUUAAGCAAUAAAUCAUCAAAAGUUGCCGCAUGGUUAGAGUCUAGUACAGAUGAAACUAAAGACCGUAGUAAGGAAAUAGAAGACGCUAAAGAAUUAGAAGAUAGUAAAAAUGCUUUUUUUAAUUUGCCCGUCGUUCAAAUUGGCUCUGGUUUACAUUUUGCAUAUAACGAAACGUCUAAGGAUGAUAUACAUACUAUUGGUGAAUUUAUUAAUAGUGAUAAAAAAAUUAGUUCUUUAUCCAAAAAAAAGAAACGUAAUGAACCUACAGAUGUACGAAAUGAUAUUUAUAGAAUUGCAAAGGAUGAUACGAAAGCUAUGGUUGCAUUGAAGAGGAAGAUGAGGCAUGGUCAAAAGAUGGCACUCAGACAAGAUCUAGCAGAAUCGGUAAAUAAGAAGACGUCAGUAGAGCCAGAAAGUAGAAACACUUCUAAUGCUAAAAAUGACGCUCAUUCCAGUAGUGAUGAUGAGGCAGAUAUGCGAAAUCAAAAAUCCACUAAAAAGACAUUCGGGUUGUUGUUCAACGGCAACAAAAAGAGGCGAAAGUAA